AUGAAGACCACCAUGUUUUCCCUCUUCGUUCUCUUUGCAUUCACCUCUUCAGCCCCAGCCCAGAUUGUCCAAGACUCAGACGGAGACGACGUACGCAAUGGUGGUCAAUACUACCUCCUACCAAAUUCUUAUGGAUAUGGUGGAGGCAUCAAUACCUUCCCAAGUUACAGCCAAAUUUGCGAUUACACCCUUGGGCAAUCCUCGUCGAGUUCCGACGAAGGAUAUGCAGUGACAGUUGCAACUCCAUAUAACAUUGGAGUUAUCCCAUCUUCUUUAAAUGUGAGCUUCUAUUUCGAUGGUACAAUACCAGGUUGUUCUACGUCACCAACAAACUGGAAAAUCUACUCUUCAGGAAAUGGUACGGAUGAUACAUAUACGGUGACUACCUCUGAGAACUCCAACACCGUGAGUGGUUCGUUUAAGAUUGUGAAUUCUGGCAUCAGUACUCUGAUGUAUAAGCUUCAUUUCUGUGCGGAUAAAGCUAAUUCUUGUCUGCAUGUUGGGAUUUCCGAGGACGAUACUGGGAACAGGCUUUGGACUCUCACUCAUGGUAAACCUUUUCUUUUUGUGUUCAGGAAGGUUGGAGCUGCGGCUGCAUGA